AUGAUACCUCCUACUACCGCUCAAUGGAUCAUUGAGUGUGGCAAUGCAAAGACAAAACAGCCCCAGCCUCAUCGAGCAACUUUGAACACAUCGACAUUCGACAGCCUGAAACUGCAGAAAGACGUUGCAAUACCUCCACUACAACCAAAUGAGUGUCUGAUCAAAGUCCUGGCCGUCUCCCUCAACUACCGCGACAUUGCCAUUCCGCUGGAAAAAUUCCCAAGUCCAGCUCGAAGCAGCUAUGUACCUACCUCGGAUGGUGCAGGUAUCGUCGUUGCAGUUGGCGAUCAAGUCACACUUCAUCGUGUCGGAGAUAAGGUCUGCACGCUCUUCACUCAACAUCAUCAAAAAGGACUCUUCAAGAUCGCCAUGAAGAAGUCGUUCCUCGGAAGCAACGUUGGUGGACCACUUCGGCAGUACGCAGUGUACACCGAAACAGGGCUUGUCCAGGUACCUCAAUCGAUGAGCCUUAUCGAAGCUUCGACUCUGCCUUGCGCAGCUCUGACGGCAUGGAAUGCCCUCUUCGGCCUCGAAGGACGCAAGGUAUCUCCAGGAGAUUGGGUCCUAGCACAAGGCACUGGAGGUGUAAGUCUAUUCGCAGCACAACUGGCACUAGCAGCAGGCGCCAAAGUCAUCCAAACAACCUCCUCCGACUUCAAAGGCGAGAAAGUGAAAACUCUCGGCGUGCACCACAUCAUCAACUACAAAACCGACGCUUCUUGGGGCGCAACCGCAAAGACUCUCACCGGCGAUGAAGGCAUCGCUCACGUGAUCGACGUCGGCGGCGAGGAAACCAUCACUCAGUCCUUCGCCGCCGUCAAGGAAGAAGGCGUCAUCUCCGUGGUCGGCUUCCUAGGCAAUCCAGACGGCCAAAGCAAUCCGGAUCUUUUUGGGAAGAUUUUCGGGCAGGUAGCCAUUGUUAGGGGCAUUGAUAUUGGGUCCCGGGAGCAGUUUGUCGCCGUGUGUAAGUUUAUGGAGAGGCAUGGGAAUCGGCCGAUUGUGGAUGAGAGGGUUUUCGGCUUUGAGGAAGCGAAGGAGGCGUUUGGAUAUUUGAGGGAGCAGAGGUUUAUGGGGAAAGUCGUGAUUCGUGUUGCUGAUGAUGACAAUUGA